AUGUCCCAAUUAGUCUCAUUACCAACCGAACUCCUUCUCACAGUCGCCGAAUCCCUCCCCAACCAAAAAGACCUCAGCGCCUUCGUCCAAACCACAAAAAGAACAUACACAGUCCUCCAACCCUACCUAUACAAAAACAACAUCCAAAACCACGGCACCAGCGCCCUCCUCUGGGCCGCCAAGCAUGGCCACACAACCCUGACCAAAAGAAUGCUCGACGCAGGCGCCAUCAUAAGCGCCCUCAACACCAACCACACCAACCCCGCCAGCAGAACCCGGAUAGCGGGGAAUGCGCUCUCCCUCGCAGCCCGCGGCCCACACAUAGAAACACUCACCUGUCUACUAUCCGAAACAAGACCUGGCCGAGCAUGCGACCCCGGCCAGCUGCGCGAAGCACUCCACGACGGCGCGAUCCCGGCGCAUAGUACCGAGGCGGUAAAGUUGCUGCUUCAGUAUAAGGCAUCGCUCGAGCCCGCAGACAGCGUCCCGCCGUAUUCGUCCGCGCUUGGUGCGGCUGUUGCUGCAUGCUGGCCUGAUAUCAUACCUUUCUUAUUAGAGGCUGGUGCUCGUCCCGGAGAGAAUGAGAUACCGACCCCGCUUGAGAGCGCGAUUUGCACGAACCAGCCGGAGGUCGUGGAGAUGUUAUUUGGGGCUGGGAUGAGGCUUGCGGAUGAUGGGGGGUUGUGUAUUGUUGCAGAGCAGAACAACCAGACGCUGUUGAAGAUGUUUGUUGAAGCGGGGUUGGAGGUUGGGAUGUGUUGGCAGGGGGCGUUAUUUGCGGCUGUUAUGCAUGGACAGACUGAGAUGGUGGCUGGGUUGAUUGAGAAGGGGGUGAAUCCGCAUUUAACGCAUGAUGUGUUUAUGUUGAGUUUUGAGUGUCCGCGGUAUAGUACUAUUGGGUUUGCGGUUAGGUUCGGGCAUUUGGGUGUUUUGAAGCUGUUGCUUCAGAAGGGGGUUCGUGCUGAGCGGAGUGAUCUUGAUUUGGCGAUGGACGAGAGGUUCGAGGAGGCGGUGGCUCUUUUGGAAGGGUGUGACUUUGAGGAUGUGCCGAGGAAGGAGAAUGUGCGUGAUUUUAUUGAGAAGAAGGUUCGGGAGAGACGGGUUACGGAGCCUGGGUAUGAAGAUCUUAAGAUGCAGGAUUCGCUUUGUGAUCCUGCUAUGCGGCUGCAGGUGGAGGAUUCGCAGCAUACUCGCUAUUUGUGGGCGAAUGAUGGUACAGAGGGGUACAGUAUGUUUAUUUCUUAG